UGCCGCCCAACGCCGGGUCAAAAUUCCGCGACGGCCCAACACGCGCACGCCAUCUUCCUAUUCUCUGCUCACAGUGGAAGCGAGGAGUGAACGCCAAAAGGGAGAGGAGAUAUCCCAAGAGUGGUGAAUUUUGACGGGAAUUGGCGAUUCGUUAUUUCUAUUAUUGUGGUGAGUACGAAGGUCGCAGCUUUGGUCAAAACGGAGGCAGUGGAUCGGAAGGUGGUAGUUGCGAGCUACUUCGCCCGCUCCUUUAUAUCGACCAAGACGGGGAGGGGGCAGAGGCGGAAGCGGGCAGGUAUCACGUGGACUUCCUCCCAGCCAAUUUAAAGCCUUGUCUGAAGCAAAAGGGGGACUGGUUAUGGCGGAAACUUUGCAGAUGAAUGGGCUUGUAAACGGAACGUUUCAAGUCAGACAUGCAGCAACGAUGUCUGAAAUUGAUGAUUUCUGCAAGUCUCUUGGUGGAAAGACUCCCAUCCACAGCAUAUUGGUUGCAAAUAAUGGAAUGGCAGCAGUUAAGUUCAUGCGCAGUGUCAGAACAUGGGCUUAUGAAACAUUCGGAACUGAAAAGGCCAUUCUUUUGGUGGCUAUGGCAACUCCAGAGGACUUAAAAAUUAAUGCGGAGCACAUUAGAAUUGCUGAUCAGUUUGUCGAAGUUCCCGGCGGAACGAACAACAAUAAUUAUGCUAAUGUCCAACUCAUUGUCGAGUUGGCAGAGAUAACCCGUGUUUCUGCUGUGUGGCCUGGAUGGGGUCAUGCGUCUGAGAAUCCUGAGCUUCCAGAUGCACUGAAUGCAAAGGGAAUAAUCUUUCUUGGGCCUCCAGCUGCACUGAUGGCAGCACUAGGUGAUAAAAUCGGCUCUUCUUUGAUUGCUCAAGCAGCAGGAGUACCAACACUACCCUGGAGUGGUUCACACGUCACAAUACCACCAGAGAGUUGUUUAGAUUCAAUUCCAGAGGAAAUAUAUAGGAAUGCUUGUGUAUAUACAACAGAAGAAGCAGUUGCUAGCUGUCAUGUGGUUGGUUACCCAGCCAUGAUCAAAGCAUCUUGGGGUGGUGGUGGUAAAGGGAUAAGGAAGGUUCAUAAUGAUGAUGAAGUUAGAGCUCUGUUCAAACAAGUGCAAGGUGAAGUUCCGGGGUCUCCAAUAUUCAUAAUGAAGGUAGCAUCACAGAGCCGGCAUUUAGAAGUUCAGUUACUAUGUGACCAGUAUGGAAAUGUGGCUGCUUUGCACAGUCGAGACUGUAGUGUUCAAAGGAGACAUCAAAAGAUCAUUGAGGAAGGCCCGAUUACAGUUGCCCCUCCCGAGACAGUAAAACUACUUGAGCAGGCUGCUAGGAGGCUUGCAAAGUGUGUAGGUUAUGUUGGUGCUGCUACUGUUGAGUAUCUUUACAGCAUGGAAACUGGUGAAUACUACUUUCUAGAGCUCAACCCGCGGCUACAGGUCGAACAUCCUGUAACUGAGUGGAUAGCUGAAGUAAACUUGCCAGCGGCUCAAGUUGCAGUAGGGAUGGGAAUUCCUCUUUGGCAAAUUCCAGAAAUCAGACGCUUCUAUGGAAUGGAUCAUGGUGGAGGUUAUAAUGCCUGGAAGAGAACUUCUGUUCUUGCAACUCCUUUUGACUUUGAUAAAGCAGAGUCUGUUUGGCCUAAAGGUCAUUGCAUAGCUGUUCGUGUUACUAGCGAGGAUCCAGAUGAUGGCUUCAAGCCAACUAGUGGGAAAGUGCAGGAAUUAAGUUUUAAAAGCAAGCCUAAUGUUUGGGCCUACUUCUCUGUUAAGUCUGGAGGUGGCAUUCACGAGUUCUCUGAUUCUCAAUUUGGUCAUGUUUUUGCAUUUGGAGAGUCUAGAGCUUUGGCGAUAGCUAACAUGGUUCUUGGUCUGAAAGAGAUCCAAAUCCGGGGAGAAAUCCACACCAAUGUUGAUUACACCAUAGAUCUUUUAAACGCUUCAGAAUAUAGAGACAACAAAAUCCACACAGGUUGGCUUGAUAGUAGAAUUGCUAUGAGGGUUAGAGCUGAAAGACCUCCUUGGUAUCUUUCAGUUGUCGGAGGGGCUCUCUAUAAAGCAUCCACUAGCAGUGCAGCCAUUGUUUCAGAGUAUGUUGGUUAUCUCGGAAAAGGUCAAAUCCCACCGAAGCACAUAUCACUUGUCAACUCUGAUGUUACUUUGAAUAUAGAAGGGAGUAAAUACACGAUUGAAAUGGUAAGGGGUGGGCCUGGUAGCUACAAGCUUAGGAUGAAUGGUUCAGAGAUUGAAGCAGAAAUUCAUACUUUGCGUGACGGUGGUCUUCUGAUGCAGUUGGAUGGAAAUAGUCAUGUGAUUUAUGCUGAAGAAGAGGCUGCUGGCACUCGCCUUCUUAUUGAUGGAAGGACUUGUUUGUUACAGAACGACCAUGAUCCAUCAAAAUUGAUAGCUGAGACACCAUGCAAACUGCUUCGCUUCUUGGUUUCUGAUGGUGCUCAUGUUGAGACUGAUACACCAUAUGCUGAGGUUGAGGUUAUGAAGAUGUGCAUGCCAUUGCUAUUGCCUGCUUCUGGAGUUAUCCAUUUUGUGAUGUCUGAGGGCCAGGCAAUGCAGGCUGGUGACCUCAUAGCAAAGCUUGAUUUGGAUGAUCCCUCUGCUGUGAGAAGAGCUGAACCAUUUCAUGGCUCAUUUCCUAAAUUAGGGCCUCCUACUGCAGUUUCUGGCAAAGUACACCAAAGAUGUGCUGCAAGUUUGAGUUCUGCAAGAAUGAUUCUUGCAGGAUAUGAGCAUUACAUCAAUGAAGUUGUUCAAGACCUUCUUCACUGUCUUGACAGUCCAGAGCUCCCUUUCCUACAAUGGCAGGAAAGCAUGUCUGUAUUGGCAACUCGUCUACCAAAAGAUCUUAGAAAUGAGUUGGACACAAAAUAUAAGGAGCAUGAAGCAAUAUCAACUUUUCAGAAAAAUUUGGACUUCCCUGCCAAGUUACUAAAGGGAGUUCUUGAGGGCCAUCUCUCAUCCUGCACCGAGAAAGAAAAGGCCACGCAGGAGAGGCUUGUGGAGCCUCUGAUGAGUCUUGUGAAGUCAUAUGAGGGUGGUAGAGAAAGCCAUGCGCGUGUUAUAGUGCGGUCUCUGUUUGAGGAGUAUCUAACUGUUGAAGAACUGUUCAGUGAUAGCAUUCAGGCUGAUGUCAUAGAACGUCUCCGGCUUCAACAUAAGAAGGAUCUCCUGAAGAUCGUAGACAUAGUAUUGUCUCAUCAGGGUGUCAGGAGUAAAAACAAGCUGAUACUACGACUCAUGGAAGCAAUGGUUUACCCUAACCCUGCUGCCUACCAUGAUCUACUGAUUCGUUUCUCUGCUCUUAACCAUACAACAUACUCUGAGUUGGCACUGAAAGCGAGUCAACUUCUUGAGCAAACUAAGUUGAGUGAAUUACGUACGAGCAUUGCCAGAAGCCUCUCUGAACUGGAAAUGUUUACUGAAGAAGGAGAACGCCUAUCUACCCCCAGGAGGAAGAGUGCUAUUAAUGAGAGGAUGGAGGAUCUGGUUGGUACUCCAUUAGCUGUUGAGGAUGCCCUUAUAGCUUUCUUCGAUCAUAGUGAUCCCACCCUUCAGAGGAGGGUCGUGGAAACAUAUAUUCGUAGAUUGUAUCAGCCCUACCUCAUAAAGGAAAGUGUUCGCAUGCAAUGGCACCGAUCGGGUCUGAUAGCCUCCUGGGAAUUUUCUCAAGAACACAUUGAGAAGAAAAAUAAGUCUCAAGAUCCAUCAAAUUGUUUGUCAUCAGUAGAGAAACACUGUGAAAAGAGAUGGGGGGCAAUGGUUAUUAUUAAAUCUCUUCAGCUUCUGCCAGCAGCAAUUAACACUGCUUUGAAAGAGACCACUCAAUGCAUGAAUUCUGAUAUUGAUCAUGAAAUAAUCCCAAAUGGGCUUCCUGGGUGUUCUGGUAAAGGCAAUAUGCUUCAUGUUGCUUUAGUUGGCAUUAAUAACCAAAUGAGUACUCUUCAGGAUAGUGGCGAUGAGGACCAGGCCCAGGAGAGGAUAAAUAAACUGGCGAAGAUUUUGAAGGAGAAUACUUUAAGCUCUGAUCUUCAAGAUGCAGAUGUCAGGGUCAUUAGCUGCAUCAUACAGAGAGAUGAAGGACGAGUACCGAUGCGCCACUCCUUCCACUGGUCAGCUGAAAAGAUGUAUUAUGAAGAAGAACCUUUACUUCGUCACCUGGAACCUCCUCUCUCUACAUUUCUUGAAUUGGAAAAGCUGAAAGGCUACAGAAACUUACAAUAUACCUCUUCAAGGGAUCGCCAGUGGCGUCUGUACACUACUUUAGAUAGCAAGGCUGUUAUCCGGCGGAUGUUUCUCCGGACACUUCUCAGACAACCAAGCACAAUUAAUGGCUUUGCAUCAAGUCAAGUUCUUGACACAGAAAUAAGCCGUGCCCAACCUUCUUUGUCCUUUACAUCUAUAAGUAUACUGAGGUCAUUAAUGGCAGCUUUAGAAGAGUUGGAAUUACAUGUCCACAACACAACCACCAGGUCUGAUCAUUCUCACAUGUAUAUUUGUAUAUUGCGGGAGCAACAACUUCAUGAUCUUUUACCACCUUCAAGGAUAUUGGCCCUAGAUUCUUGUCAAGAUGAAACUACUAUUUGUCUAAUAUUAAAGGAAAUGGCUCUUAAGAUUCAUGAAUUGGUUGGUGUUCGUAUGCACCGUCUGGCUGUCUGUGAGUGGGAAGUGAAGCUAUGGCUGAAUUCUGAUGGACUAGCUGCAUGGAGAAUUGUGGUGACCAAUGUUACUGGUCAUACUUGCACCGUUCACAUCUAUCGAGAAGUGGAGAAUAUCAAUUCACAUGAAAUGGUUUACCAUUCUAUCACCCCUGCGAAUGGUCCCCUCCAUGGUGUCCCAUUGAAUGCUCAGUAUUCGCCACUGGGGUUCAUCGAUCAAAAACGUUUAGUGGCUAGGAAAAACAACACAACAUACUGCUACGACUUCCCCCUGGCAUUUGAGACUGCACUUCGACGGUCAUGGGCUUCUUAUGCCUCUAUUGAUGCUAGAGUGAAUGACAAUAAAGAUCUCAUCAAAUUUACAGAACUGGUGUUCGCCGAGAAGUUUGGAGCUUGGGGCACUCCGCUAGUCCCUGCUAGCCGGUCCUCUGGUCUCAAUGACAUUGGCAUGAUAGCCUGGUUGAUGGAGAUGUCCACUCCAGAAUUCCCUGAUGGGAGAAAGAUUAUAGUUGUGGCAAAUGAUGUUACCUUCAAAGUUGGUUCAUUUGGUCCAAGAGAAGAUGCAUUCUUCCAUGCAGUAACUAAUUUGGCUUGUGAUAAGAAGCUCCCUCUGAUCUAUCUGGCAGCAAAUUCUGGUGCUCGGAUUGGAGCAGCUGAAGAAGUGAAAUCUUGCUUUAAGGUUGGUUGGUCUGAUGAGUCGAGCCCAGAACGUGGUUUUCACUACAUCUAUCUGACUCCAGAAGACUAUCAAUGUAUUGGUUCCUCUGUUAUUGCUCAUGAACUGAAACUGGAAAAUGGUGAGAUCAGAUGGGUCAUAGAUACGAUAGUGGGAAAAGCGGAUGACUUGGGAGUUGAGAACCUAUCAGGAAGUGGUGCUAUUGCUGGUGUUUAUUCGAAGGCAUAUAAUGAGAUAUUCACUCUUACCUAUGUGACUGGACGAACCGUUGGUAUUGGAGCAUAUCUUGCUCGGCUUGGCAUGAGGUGCAUUCAGCGUCUUGAUCAGCCUAUAAUUCUCACUGGAUUUUCUACUUUGAACAAACUUCUCGGGCGUGAAGUAUACAGUUCUCACAUGCAACUGGGUGGCCCAAAGAUCAUGGCCACAAAUGGGGUUGUUCAUCUGACUGUAUCAGAUGAUCUCGAGGGCAUUUCAGCCAUUUUGAGAUGGCUUAGCUAUGUUCCUCCUUACAUAGGUGGCCCACUUCCCAUAUUGAGAUCCCUGGAUCCACCGGAGAGGCUUGUCGAAUAUUUCCCUGAGAAUUCUUGUGAUCCACGUGCUGCUAUUUGUGGAAGUAAUGGAAACAAUGGCAAGUGGCUAGGAGGCAUAUUCGACAAAGACAGCUUUAUAGAGACGCUGGAAGGUUGGGCGAAAACUGUGGUCACGGGAAGAGCAAAGCUUGGCGGAAUUCCUGUAGGGGUCAUAGCUGUUGAGACACAGACGGUGAUGCAAAUUAUCCCUGCAGACCCUGGUCAGCUUGAUUCCCAUGAACGUGUCGUCCCACAAGCAGGACAAGUUUGGUUCCCUGACUCUGCAACUAAAACAGCCCAGGCUCUCUUAGACUUUAAUCGCGAAGAACUUCCACUUUUUAUCCUUGCCAACUGGAGAGGGUUUUCUGGUGGGCAGAGAGACCUAUUUGAAGGGAUACUCCAGGCAGGGUCUACGAUUGUUGAGAACUUGAGGACAUACAAACAACCUGUAUUUGUGUACAUUCCCAUGACCGGAGAGCUUCGUGGGGGUGCAUGGGUUGUCGUGGACAGCAAGAUUAAUCCAGAGCACAUUGAGAUGUAUGCUGAACGGACUGCCAAGGGCAAUGUACUUGAGCCUGAAGGAAUGAUUGAAAUCAAAUUCAGGACAAAAGACCUCAUCGAAUGCAUGGGUAGGCUUGACCAUGAGAUUAUCAGUUUGAAAGCAAAGCUUCAGGACAUCAAGGCUGGCAUAGUCUCUGGCGAUGCAGAGGCACUUCGAAAGAGCAUAAUGACUCGGGAGAAGAAGCUGUUACCUGUCUACACUCAAAUAGCCACACAGUUCGCCGACUUGCAUGACACUUCCCUCAGGAUGGCUGCUAAGGGGGUGAUCAAGAAAGUUGUGGAUUGGGAGGAAUCUCGUUCUUUCUUCUACAAAAGGCUACACAGGAGAGUCUCAGAGGGAUCACUCGUAAGAAUUGUUAGAAAUGCUGCUGGAGAGCAGUUGUCGAAUAUAUCAGCUAUAGAAUUGCUGAAGAAAUGGUUUCUGGCUUCUGAGCAAGCUGGAGCAGUGAGUGCUGUGUGGGAGGACGACGAUGCUUUCUUUUCCUGGAGAGAUGAUUCUAGAAACUAUGAGAAGUAUCUUGAGGAGUUGAGGUUUCAAAAAGUAUUUAAACAACUCAUGGAACUCGGUGAAUCGCCUUCCGAUUUGCAAGUUUUGCCUCAAUGUCUUUCUACUGUUCUUAGCAAGAUGGAUUCAGCCAGCAGAGCGCAUCUGGUUGAAGAUAUCAAAAAAGUUCUCGACUGAUUAAACUGGAUGGAUUCCUGCUAUAUUUAGUGUUCUUGCUGGAGUAAAUAGCAAUUAACUCCAACAGCGCCGACCCCAACCGAAAGAACCAUCUACCAUCUUCGAGAGAAAACAAUGUUGAAAUUUUCCGAAAGAACCAUCUACCAUCUUCGAGAGAAAACAAUGUUGAAAUUUUCCGAGAUCAAGAUUCUUCUGCUUCUGGGUAUCGACAGUGCGACUGCUGGUUUUUUCUUCCCACUAUAAGUGUAUUUUUUUUUUCCACUAUAAGUGUAUAUAUGGUGGAUGUAGGUCUGGUGAUAGAUCUGUACUAAAUCUCUACAUAGAUUUAGUGAGGUAGAAUGAUUAAGGAAUAAUGUUUGUUUGUAUCGCUUAUUAUCCAGUAAUGUCAGAUUUCUGAAGACAUGGAUCUCUCAGUAAUAAAGAAAACUAAAAUCUUCCAAGCAA